GUUUACCUAGACUAGGCAUCACAGAUCGGUUGAACUCUGAAGCAUGGCAUUGAGCGGAAAUGCUCCUUACUUGCGAUGUCGACAUCCAGGCCCGCGGCCAAUGUCAUCCCCACAGAAUCAAACUCCGCCUUUCGUCCUGGAUGCUGCCGGUGUGAGGAUUUCUCAGCGCUGGCAGAGGGCUGCACUAUGUGCAGCUGCAGGAGCUGGUGCAAGGCAACGUCUCAGAGAGGAGACCCACCAAAGCCGUGGGCAGUUGGUGCGACAGCUUCUGCGGCUGCUGCGAGGUAGGGAUUUUCUUUGGCUUGGCCUUGGCUGCGCAGGCUUGGUGCUCUCGUCUUUGGCUGAACUGGCCUCUCCACCCUUAGCUGCAGCAGCACUCUUCUCAGCCGUGCAGGGCAGGCAUCACCUUUUGCUGCCACGCUGUGCGGCCGUGGCGGGUGUCGCUGUGUUGAGCGGCGCUGCGGAAGGGCUGCGGAACUUUUCCUUUAACAUGCUGAGAAGCAACUUAGUAGCGCGCUUGAGGCAAGAGGCUUUUGGCGUUUUGAUGUCACAGGAGCUGAGCUUCUUUGACGAAGCGGAUGGAGAGUUGACCUCUCGUUUGAGCUCCGACUGCAUGUCGGUCUACUCCUACUUGAGUGAUGUGCUCAGCUUUUUUCUUCGCUCCGGAGCUGUGGCGCUUUGCAGUCUAUUGGCACUUCUGCGACUAUCACCCAGUAUCACAUGGCGCGUGCUUUUGAUGUUGACAUUGGUCAUGGUUUGUGCUGAGUGGUAUGGCAGAGUAACCCGCUCCACUGGACGCAAGACGCAGGAUGCCUUGGCCGAGCUGGGCCGUAUCUCCAGCGAAGCGCUGCAACUGCUACGAACGGUGCGGGCACUAGGUGCUGAGGAUUUACACAAACGUCUCUUCAAGCAGCAGAAUGCAGUCAUCAACGAGACACAACGUCGAAGAGGCAUGGCGCUUGGUAUUUUCUCGGCUGCCAGCAAUGGUUUGGGACUGCUACUGCAGAUGGUGAGCCUGCUGAUUGGAAGCAGCUUGGUGUUGGCUGGCUCAAUGACAGCACAGGCCUUGGCCACCUAUUUGCUGUAUUUGGACACAGCAGUGGACAGUGCACUUGAGCUGGGGAUCGAGUGGUCCUCCUGCAAUGACGCCCUGGGCUCUGCCGAACGAGUCUUGAGACUCCUGGCAGAUGGUCCAGUGUUUGAGCCUGCAGGGCACUGCCCAGGUGCGGUGUCUGGAGAUGUCCUUUUUGACUCCGUGUCUUUCACCUAUCCUUCGCGGCCGAAGCACCAGGUACUUGAAAAGGUCUCCUUGCAUUGUGCCGCUGGGAAGACCACAGCACUGGUGGGCUUCAGCGGCUCAGGCAAAUCGUCUUUGAUAAGCUUGUUGCUCCGCUUUUACGACUUGGAGGACGGGCAAGGCAUAUUGAAGUUCGACAACGCUGAUGUGCGACAUUUGGACCGCGUUUGGUUGAGAAGACAGAUGGGACUUGUGCCCCAAAGUCCCAAGCUGUUUCGUGGCACCAUAGCGGAAAACAUUGCAUGGGGGCAGCCCUGUGUAACUCAAGCUGAAGUGCAUGCCGCAGCAGAGGCUGCCAUGGCAGCGGAGUUCAUCGCGGAGUUGCCUGAGGGCUUUGACACGAUUUGCUCCGACGAGAAGCUUCUGUCCGGAGGCCAGCGACAACGUAUCGCUUUGGCCCGAGCCCUCUUCCGGGAUCCUGCUGUUUUGCUCCUUGACGAGCCAACCUCAGCACUUGACCCCAAGUCCAGCGCAUUGGUGUCUCAAGCUCUGGAGCAGGCAAAGUGGUCAGAGAGCAGGAAGUGCCCACGGACAAUGAUUAUUGUGGCGCACGACCUGCGAUUGGGUGCUGUGCAGAGCGCGGAUCAGAUUGUGGUCAUGGAUGGAGGCCGAAUCUUGGAACGUGGAGGCCAUGCUGAACUCCUGGAGCUGAAUGGCAGCUACAAGCGGCUGAUGGAAGAUCAGCGACUUCCAACCGAACACACUCCACGAAUUUGACUGGGAGGACAAAAGGUCCACGCACAGGGGAACUGGAGUCUUGGGUAUAGCAUGGUAUAGCAGAUAUUGGAUCGUCCUGCGCGUUUGGCUUGAUG